AUGACGUCCGAAAGCUUAGAAAUCGUGCCCUUUGCUGAAGCCACCAGGCUGAACGUGGUAGAUUCCCACGUCUACGCCGCCAACCUCGUCGAAGGUUAUUGUAUAGGCUCAGUUCCCAAUGGCGGCUACGUAGCUUCGUGCAUCUUGCGCGCGGCGUCGGAGUAUCUUGCCGCCCGCGGCCAACCCGACGUCAUCUCCGCCCACUUCGAGUAUGUCAACCGUACCGAAGUAGGCCCGGCCUACCUCAUCAUCCAGGACAUUAAGCUCGGCCGCGCGUUAUCCACCAUCCAAAUCACCCUCUUUCAGCAUGAUCUUCAGACCUCGGCUCCUUGGAUGGUCAAGGGCGAAGACGCCCACUGGGCCCCGCGACCCAAGUCCCCGAGUCCCCGCACCAACAGCUACGCGCGGGCGCAGCUCAACGUGGAAAUUUUCUCUCCCCGAAAGGGCCAGCCGAGACGUGGCGUUGAGGAGUCGUGGAUCCGGCUGACCUCUGGCGAGGGCUUUACCAACGCAUCGCUCGGCUUUGUCGCCGACGUUUUCCCUACGUCCGCCAAGAGGGUGCAGAAUGGCCGCUUUGAUCUCGACGUUGUCAUCAUGGAUAAGCACGGCGACAUCGUAGCCCUCAGCACCCACAUUAGAAUCAACAUGGCCCAAAAGUUUGAUUCGACCUCCGUGGUAGCUGCUGAGGAUACAGAGAAAGCAGUGUCUCUGUCGGAGGAUUUUGUCACCGACAAUGAGCCAGAUAGUGCGACUCUUCCCUACGUGGAUGACCCGCGAAACCCCUGGAACUGGAGCAUCUGGUCAAGAGCGUUCCACACCUUUAUCCCCGCAUACCUUGCCCUUCUCAUAAGUUUGGGGUCGCAAGUGGCUCUACGUCAUCACCACCACUCUUUUUUGGGCUUCCUGGGCGGAGCGGCCGGAGCCCAGAAUGUGGAAACUCUGCUGGCGUGCCGGUUCCUCGCCGGUAUUCUCGGAUCACCCGCCGUGGCCAUCUGCGGUGGAUCGGUCGCGGACCUCUGGGAAGUGCAAAAAGGCGGCUCGUUGGUAUCCAUCACGUUUAUCCUGACCGCGUUCCUCGGUCCCACGCUGGGCCCUUUGAUAGGGACACACGUCCUUUAUCACCACGACGAUGACUGGCGCUGGACGCAAUACAUCUUGUUGAUGAUAGGGGCACCAGCCUGGCUGGGCUGCCUCGUCAUGAAAGAGACGUCGCAAAAGUGGAUCACGCGCCAUGAUCAGGGCUCGGGGUCGACGAGGAUCACCUUCUCCCAGUUGACCACUCUCAUGACGCGCGCCAUCAUCAAGCCGACGCGCAUGCUUUGCACCGAAGUUGUCGUCUUCUUCCUAGCCAUAUACUCGGCGUUUGCCUACGCCAUGAUUUUUAGCUGUUUCGCUAGUGCGACCUACGUCUUGCGGCGGUUGUACGACUUCAACUCGCGCGAGGCCAGCCUUAGUUUUCUGAGCAUCGCCAUUGGGGGCGAAGAAAAGAGCAAGGACGGUUUGGCUGCGCCGGAACAUCACCUAUACUCGGGCAUGGUCGGGAAUGUCCUUCUAUCAGCCGGCCUAUUUUGGAAUGCUUGGGCUCCAAAGGAUGGUGGCAACUGGGCUGUCCUUGUCGCUGCAGGUCUUCCGAUUGGCUUGGGUGCCAUGGGCAUUUUUAAGCGACAGUUCGGCGUCUGCAAUACAUCCUAG